AGAUGUUGUAUUUGCUUAAAUGAAUUGAAGAAGCAGUUUUUAUCACACCUGCAUAAGACAUGAGAGCAUUUAAGGAGCGCAUUUUGUUUUUAAGUGGUGUAGCAGUGAGUGUCUUUCUCUCAAUAAUUUAUUUACGUGUUCUGAGGACUCUGACGCCUUCAUUUGCUGUGAAUGAUGGUAAUAUAUCAAAUCUACGAUAUACAGUCGAGAACAGUAAAGCAGCGCUGGAUCUUAGCCAGAAGGUCAGAGUCUUAUGCUGGGUAAUGACACGGCCUCAACACCUGAAGUCCAGAACCCAACAUAUUCGUGCCACAUGGGGCAAACGCUGCAACAUCAUUCUGUACAUGAGCUCGGAGAAGUCAGAUUUCCCCACGAUACGGCUCAACGUGUCAGAAGGACGCAGUCAGCUCUACUGGAAGACCAUACGGGCCUUCCAGCACAUUCACACGCACCAUCUGGACGAUGCUGACUGGUUCCUCAAAGCUGACGAUGACACGUUUGUUGUCGUUGAGAAUUUGCGCUAUGGUCUCUCUAAGCACAACACAGAGGAGCCUCUGUAUUUUGGGCGAAGAUUCAUGCCGUUCGUCGCACAGGGCUACAUGAGCGGAGGAGCUGGUUACGUUCUCAGUAAGGAAGCUUUGAGAAGGUUCGUGAAGGGAUUUGCUGAUGGAUUUUGUACACACAACACGGAAAAUGAAGACAUUGGAUUGGGACACUGCAUGCAGACAAUGAAAGUCCAGAUGGGUGAUUCCAGGGAUGUGUUGGGGAGACAAACUUUUCACCCUUACCCUCCAGACUACUACCUGCCCCGACAAACACCCAGAUCACGACCCUGGUACCUCAUCUAUGAGCAUUACCCACCUGUUGAGGGCCCUGGAUGCUGUUCAGAUUUAGCCAUCUCUUUCCACUACAUAGACGCAGUGCAAAUGCACGUUUUACAGUACUACACCUAUCACUUACGCCCACACGGAUAUAAAUACAGAUUUAACCCAGAUGGACGCUCAGAUAACAUCUAAUGUAAAAAUAAGACAGCAUUUAAAAUGGAAUCUUGAUAAGUGACAGUUUAUUAAUACAUGUGUAUAUUACUUUACUGUUCUACUUAUUGUUCUAUAAUACAUAUUAAAACAGGUUUUACAAAGUUACAGACUAACAACUUUAUUGUCCAAAACAUUAAUGACAUCAGCUCUGGAAAGCUUUAAUCAUAGACCAAACGUAAAAAUACAAGUAAAGACAAGAAAAGCAUUGGUUAAUCCAGACCUGUGUGUAAUUCAUUUAUAGUGGAAAGAACUUCUGAAUGCUGUUGAAUUGAGUCAUAAUUAUUACUGCUAAAGAAACAAUAAUAAUGAAACAUGGAUGAAGAUCUUAGAAUCUACAGUAUAAUACAAGUUUAACAUACAAUACUGUCCAUAAGAGUUUAACACAGAUUCUUAAAGGAGAAGUUCACUUCCAGAGCUAAAAUGUUCAGAUAAUUUACUCACCCCCUUGUCAUCCAAGAUGUUCAUGUCUUUCUUUCUUCACUGGAUAAGAAAAUAUGUUUUUUGAGGAAA